AGUGUAACAAUUGCUUUUUAUUAGUUAACUGGUUAUAUUAUCACUUAUAGAAUAUAGUGACUAUAACUCUAUAUAGUAUAUUAUUAUAUUGUAGUAGGUAUACUUAAUUUAAUGUAGUAGUGUCUGACGUCUGUAGGUAGUGUACGUACUGCCUAGAGCCUGCCCUGUUAUUACUAACGACUUAGUAAACAAAUUAUAUUAAAUUUAAGUUUAAAAAGUGUUCUAUCAUAAUAAACUAUAGUCUAUAUAUUUAUUUUAUCUACCACUGAAAGUCUGAAAAUCAAUUAUAAUGGGAACAUCACUGUUAAAAUGUUUUAUGGAAAUCAUUAAUAAACUCGAUUCAAUUGUACUCAUAAAACGUGAUCAACAAAUUAAUGAAAGGAGAAAUAUUAAAAAUGAUGCUGAUAAUACUUUUAUGGAAAUUGAUGAAAAAAAAAAUGAAACCGUGAUGCCAAGUAAUGAAGCAUAUGAACUUGCAACUUCUAUGAUGUAUUCAGAAUGGAUGCUUGAAGUACCUGAAGACAUUGAUAGUUGGAUUGCAAUGUUAUGCCCAGAAGGAAAACGAUGUUGUGUUAUUGCUCAAGAUAACAAAACAAAAACCGUUAACAAAUUUGGAACCACACUCAAUUAUUAUUCAUCAUUAUUUCCUUAUGGAUGCCGUGCUUCAUAUAAUUGUCCAUCUCAUCGCAAACGUACUGUUUUAGACUGUGUGUAUAGUUUCAAAUUAAAAAAAUAUUACAUUUUGGACAUCAUUGAAUGGAUGGGUGUGCCAUAUACAGAUUUUGAGGCUGAAUUCAGAUUUUACUUUAUACAGAGUAAACUUAGUGAAAUACCAGGUAUCAAUGAAAAAUCAGCAACAAAUUUUUAUCCAUUUGAACUGGCCCCACGAAUGGUUACUAGAGACUUGUAUCAGCUCAUUUUGGAAAAAAGUCAAUUUUUCCAAGAUAAUGUUGAUUUAGACGGUAUUAACUUUUACUAUCCAGAAAGUUUGUACACCUCAGGUGAAUCGCCAUUAGUACUUUGGCUGAAACCGUUCAUGAUACCUGAUGUCUUACAAAAGCCUGUCAAUGAUCAUUUAGUGCAAUUACAUAGACCACCUGAUUAUGUUAACAUAUUCGAGUAUAGUCAAAAUUUGAAAAAGAAAAAUAGAAGAUUUAAGAAGAAAAAGAAUUCUACUUCUAAUUGUGAUAAAAUGGAAGUAGAAAAUUUGGUUGAGGUAGAAAUGGACAAAGAUCCUGUUAUUGAUAAUGCAAUUUGUAUGGAAAACUAACAUUGACUAAUUCCAGCCAAAUUGAUGUGACGUUAUGCAUGUUUAAGAAUUGUUAUUAAUUUAUUAUAUAAAAUAAAAAUAAUAAAGAAACCUAUUUGAUAAUUAAAAA